ACAAAAUAAUAAUAAUAAAUGAAUGCUGUGGUGUACGGAGUUCGAGUAGGUAGGUGGACAAAUAAGCUACGGCCAGAAAGAUCAAAACAAACAGAAAGACUUUGGCAGCAACUACCUUUUAAUCGCGUAGUAAUUAGAUCAUUCAUUCAUUUUUGAAUGACCAAACGAUCCCAGGAAUGAGUGCCGAGGUCGAUACAAACAUCGCAAAGGCUAAUGUCCCAGAGGAGGUUGUUGAAGCAAAAGCUACAACUACAGUCAUGGAGCCAGAACCAUUAACCGUCGAGGACCUAAAACCUACAACAAUAGAGUCAACACCGGUAAAGGUUGAAGAUCAAACGUCAAAUGAACAAAUAGCCCUUGAAGAACCAAAACCUAUAACUACGGAGCUAUCAGCGACUAAGUCAGUGCCCACGGAACCCGCUACGGAACAACACCAAGAAACAGCCGUCAAGCUAGAAUCUGUUAAAGAAGCCGACGCGGAAGCUGCCGCCAGAGUAGAAUCUACAGAAGAUGCCGGUGUGGAGAAAGCGCUUUCAACCUCCCAACCCUCAGUCUCGUUCGACAAGACUACUAAAACGCAUGAUGGCUCCCCCUUGUCCAAAUUCUUCUCAGAAUUGCCGGAAGUCCUCAAAGUAGCUGGUCACAAUGAGAUGUGGGGAAUUAUACUUGAUCCAUCGGAAGAUCACGUCCAAACAAGUAUAGUACUCGAGAAGUUCUUACGAGCAAAUACAAAAGAUGUAACCAAAGCCGAAGCUCAAUUGAUCGAGGCUCUAAAAUGGCGAAAGACUAUGCAACCACAAAAGGUCUUGGAGGAUACUGAGUUUGAUAGAGCCAAGUUUGGUAAAUUGGGAUAUGUAACAUCCUAUCCUACCAGCGAAGGCGGCAAAGAAGUCAUCACAUGGAACAUCUACGGGGCAGUGAAGGAUAUAAAGAAGACUUUCAGUGACGUGCCUGAGUGAGUAACCUACCAGCUGUGGUGUUGACAUUGUAUUGAUCUUGCGACUUAGAUUUCUGAGCUGGAGAGCAGCUCUUAUGGAACUGUCCAUCAGAGAGUUAGAUCUUGCCUCAGCAACAGAAAAGAUUCCCGAGAACGGUCCCGAUCCAUAUCGUAUGAUCCAGGUCCACGAUUAUCUCAAUGUCAGUUUCCUACGAAUGGAUCCAAGUAUCCGUGCUGCAUCCAAAGAGACAAUCCAGACAUUCAGCAUGGCCUAUCCUGAGCUACUGAAAGAAAAGUUCUUUGUAAAUGUUCCCAUGGUCAUGGGUUGGGUAUUCACAGCUAUGAAAAUCUUUUUGAGCGCCGACACGAUCAAAAAAUUUCAUCCACUCAGCUACGGUUCUAAUCUUGGUGCUGAAAUUCCUGGUAUUGCCGAGAAGUUGCCCAAGGAAUACGGAGGAAAAGGUGAAGACUUGGAAAGUGGUCUCACAGUUAAAUACUCUGGGGGCGAUGUUUCAAAGUCUGAGUAGAAGACUCAAAAUGGCGGCACGGUCCUUGGCCUCUUUUGAAAGUUGUAAUAUCGUGGGUGCGAGGAGAGCCGGGGCAUUGUCUAAGGAGAGAUUCUUUCGUUGUAAUUUGUAAUUUGGAGCGUCCAUAUAUCCAUUGCUUUUAUUCUUGCUUUUUGAAGUUGGCGAACUUCACAUGAUAUCAUAGAAUAGCUGGGCAAAUCAUAAUAUAAUGUUUUUCAUAUGCAUCGACUCGGUAUAAACGUU